AUGCUAUACGUUAAUGGUAAGCUUCACUCUGAGAAAAACCUUCCAGGAAUCAUCCAUUUUGAUGAAAAUCACACGAUUACAGAAGUUCAAGAGUACAAUCAAGGCGUUCUUCAUGGGGAUCAUAUUCAAUACCAUCCAAAUGAAAGACAAAGUUAUCAAGUACGCUAUGUCAAUGGAAAGAAAGAAGGGAUGGAAAAGUGCUUUAAUUCUAGUGAAGGAGAGUACGUUGACGGAAAGAUGGUUGGAAAGCAUUGGAAAAAACAUGAAAAUGGAACGAUGGCUUUCCUCGCAACUUAUGAUAAAAAAGGAUUACUCAAAGAACCGAUUCGCGAAUUUGAUGAAAAUGGUCAAAAGAUUGCUGAGUACUCUAGAAAUCCUGAAGGGCAGUUUCAUGGAAAAUUUCAAUCUUGGUUUUCUGAUGAAAAGCUACUAACCGACGGCUAUUAUGUUAAUGGAGAACUUGAAGGUGAAUAUGUCCAACACUUUCCUUCAGGUCAGGGAUCCUUCUUUUUGAAGGCGUUUUUGACGAAGAUAGACCUAUUGGAACACAUACUGCCUACUAUGAUUCUGGACAAAAGUUGGAGAUCUUUCACUUCUUGGAUGGAAAGCAGGAAGGAAAGCAUGACCAGUACUACUAAAAUGGUUAAAAUUAAAUUGAGCGAAACCUUUAAAAAUGAUCUUAUUGAGGGAGAAGCUCUAGGUUAUUUUGAAGAUGGAAGUGAAGCGUUUAUUAGAAAUGCCAAAGAAGGAAAGCCUGUUGGGGUUCAAAAAGAAUUUUAUCCUCCUUGUAAAGGGAUCAAAGGAACACUAUCCAGUCUUUAUUUCCAUAAUGACAAGGGUGAGCUUCAUGGAGAACAGAAGUCUUAUUAUCCCAAUGGAAUUGUUCAAACAUCGAUUGGCUAUGAGAAUGGUCAGCUGCAUGGAUUAAAAGGUUUAUGGGAUCAAGAAAGCAACCUUCUUGAAGAAUACAAAUACAUAAAAGGCAAAUUGGAAGGGCGCCACUUUGAAAAAGAUCAAGAGGGACCAGAAAUUGUUUAUCAUUACAAAAAUAAUAAACGAGAGGGUCCACACUAUAUCCACUAUCCUUUAGAUGUGACUGAAGGAGAAAAGGUCAAAGCCAUUGAAGGAACUUACCUAAACAACAAGAUCCGUGGUAAAGUCACUGAAUACGAUCCUAGUGGGGCAAAGAUUAGUAUCACGGCCUACAAAAAUGGAAAGAAAGAUGGAGAUUCAGAGCUUUUCCAUAGAAAUGGUCGGAUAGCUAUUCGGUUAACAUUCAAAGACGAUUUAAGAGAGGGUUCUUCCUAUCAGUACUAUGCUUCAGGUCAGCUUUACAGAGAAGUUGAGUUUGUAAAAGAUCAGAAGGAAGAAUAG